AUGUAUUCUUCUGGUGCACUUGAAGAAGCAAAUAAAUAUCCGGUUGGUACAUGGCAUGAUUGCUGGUAUGAUACUAAACGUUCAUAUGUUACUCAAUUAACCAAACCAAGUACACGACUUGCUACUAGUCUACUUACAUCUGCUGGGCUAUUAGUACUACUCAGUAGUAUUUGUCUGUAUUAUAUGUGUGUGCUUAUUCGAAAACAAAGUCGUCAACCUAAACAAAAUUCACCUCAUGUUCAUGUUAUAUUUUUAAAAUAA